UCAAACACAACCUUAAUAUUUUCAUUUUUUUCCAAGGUUUUGGUCAUAUAAUAAUAAUUUCUUCUUUGCUUAUUUGAUGCCGGUGAAUGUUUUUGGUUGGUAAAAUAUGUGUUUUAAUCAUUUAUUGUUUACUUAAUUUGAUUUUCUCGUUUUAGUUCUAGAGGUUCUUUUUAUUUUCCUUUGUUAAUGCAUGUCUAUUUCAAAUUUGACUGAAGUGACAGAGAUUCUCUCGAAUGGUUGAAUUUUGAUGUACAAAUCUCAUAAUACUUGACUAGGCUAUAAAAAUUUGCAGUUCUUGGAUUCUCCCUUGUUUUAACUUAAAGAUAGGUCAAGUUAUGGUGAGACCAUUUUUUGAUUGUGUUUGUUUUUUGGUGUGAUUUUGGAACAAGAUUGGCGAACAAAAACAGUGAAAAUCUAGUUGUGUUUGUCUAGCUUCCGACAAACUCUAUUGGUUGCAGCUGGAGGUGGAACUUUCUCUCUUAGUGGUGUUGGAAAAAAGUUGAGGAAGUUGGUGUUUGUCUCACUUUCAAAUGCUGCUCUGAUCAAUUCCUUAGUUUAUUUGCAAAAUAUCAGCGAUGAAGUUUAUGAAACUUGGAUCUCGCCCUGAUACUUUCUACACAACAGAAUCCACUCGGUCUGUAUCAUCUGAAGUGUCAAGCGAUCUCAUUGUACAAGUAAAAGGAACCAGAUAUUUACUGCAUAAGUUUCCCCUGCUUUCCAAGUGCCUGCGGCUGCAGAGGCUAUGUGCCGAGAGCCCCGAGGCGCAGCAGCUGCAGAUAGUGCAGCUCCCGGACUUCCCGGGCGGGGUGGAGGCGUUUGAUCUCUGCGCCAAGUUCUGCUAUGGCAUCACGGUGACCCUCAGCGCCUACAACAUCGUCGCAGUCAGAUGCGCGGCCGAGUACCUUCAAAUGACAGAGGAUGUUGAGAAGGGCAAUCUGAUUUACAAGAUUGAGGUGUUCUUGACUUCCUGCAUCCUUCACGGCUGGAGGGACUCGAUCGUGACGCUGCAGAGCACCAAGGCGUUCUCUCUGUGGGCGGAGGAUCUCGGGAUCACCAGCCGAUGCAUUGAGGCCAUCGCUGCCAAGGUUGUUUCCAGUCCCACCAAGGCGAGCUUGUCCCACAGCUGCUCUAGGCGGGGCAGGGAUGACUCGUCGUGCAAUGGCUCCGAGAGCCAGAGGCAUCAUAAGUCCACGAGCCGAGGCAGCUGGUGGGCGGAGGAUCUGGCUGAGCUGGGGAUUGAUCUCUACUGGAGGACUAUGAUCGCCAUCAAAUCGGGUGGGAAGCUUCCCCCGGGCCUCGUUGGUGAGGCAUUACGCAUCUAUGCGUCGCGCUGGCUGCCAAAUGUGUCCAAGUACAUAAACAUUGAUUGUGACUCUAAACCUGAGUCGGUUGGGGAAGUGACUUCAAAGCAUAGGUUGUUGCUGGAAUCCAUAGUUAGCUUGCUUCCGAGUGAGAAAGGGGAGGUGUCUUGCAGCUUUAUGCUGAAGCUGUUGAAGGCGGCCAACAUGGUGAAAGCAUCCUCGUCUUCGAAGAUGGAGUUGGAACGUAGGAUUGGAGUGCAGCUGGAGGAGGCGUCGGUGUCUGAUCUAUUGCUACCAGCGUUGGACGACAAGAUGAUGUACGACGUGGAUGGUGUGAUUUCGAUACUGGAGCAUUUCAUGGUGCAGGGGCAGAGCCCUCCCACGAGCCCGCGUAGAGGGAAAGGGGAGUUUGAGAGGCGAAGAUCGCGGUCUGCUGAGAACGUGGAGCUGCUGUUUCAGGAGAGCAGAAGGUCGUCUUCUGCAUCGCACAGCUCCAAGCUCAAGGUCGCAAAGCUCGUGGAUGGCUAUCUUCAGAAGAUAGCCAAGGACAAGAAUUUGCACUUGUCCAAGUUCAUCGCCGUUGCAGAAUCCAUCCCAGAAUUUGCAAGGCUGGAUCAUGAUGAUCUCUACAAAGCUAUCGACAUUUACCUAAAGGUGCAUCCAGAGCUGAGUAAGAGCGAAAGGAAGAGGCUGUGCCGCGCAUUGGAGUGCAAGAAGUUGUCUGUUGAAGCGUGCAUGCACGCUGCACAGAACGAGAUGCUGCCACUGCGGGUGGUGGUUCAAGUCCUCUUCUUCGAGCAAGCAAGGGCUGCAAUGGCGGGAGGUCAAGUGACGGAGCUGCCUAGCAACAUCAAGGCACUGUUGGCAGUGUGCAAGAAUUCAUCAAAGCCUACUAGUGCUGCGCAAGACCAGUGGAGUGUAUCUGGCCUCAAAUCACCCAGCUCGAAUGUUUCGACCCUCAAAAUGAAGCUGGACGAAGACGACAAUUUAGAGCUUGGAAAAUCAUCCAAGUUGAAGGCCUUUACCAUGACUCCCAGCAGACCUAGGAGAAUGUUGAGCAAAUUAUGGCCCAUCAGCAGAAGUGCAACUGAGAAGAACUGAUCAUCAGAGAUCCCAAUGUGUUGUUUGGGAUGGGUAAAUAGCACUCUGUCUUUGUUUAAUCUUUUUUCUUUCCUCUUUUGUGUGAUAAUUCUUGAAAAACUCUUUGUAACCGUUUAGGAAAGAAUGCAACUCACUUGGUGUAAGCUAUGCCAAUAAAAUUAUGGAAACUAUAGUUUUUUCGAGGCAAAA